CUAGCAGCUCUCAAUUAAUUAAACCUAACAUCAAAGUAUUAAUUCUUCAGAAACACUUGAAGGUCCGUCUCUAAUAUGAUCGAUGCACAGAACAAUCAGUCCAGAGAUUGAUCGGAGAUGGCGGGCCAGUCGGAAAGAAGAAGCUGACGGCGGCGGUCUAACUCUCCCGCCAGUUUCGCCUAAAUUUCACAGUGAAUGUUGCAUGUGCGGAGAUAAGGGCUUGCCAUUUGAGCUUUUCAGAUGCAAAUCUUGCCUAUUCCGAUCCCAGCACAGGUAUUGCAGUAAUUUAUACCCGAAAGCGGAGUCUUAUCGGCAAUGCAACUGGUGCUUAAGGGAUCAAAAGGACGACGACAACUCUUCCCAUUCUUCUUCUUCUUUACUCUUACCAUCGCCGCCGCAUAGAGCCGCCGGGAGCGACGGCGAUGAAAUAAUUACAAAAGAGAUCAAGAAGAACGAAAAAGAAAAGUUACCCCGGUCCAUUUCACCUCUUCCUCACCACCCACAAAAUUUACCAAUAUGGAGUAAUAAAAAAGGUGGUGGGUCAAGCCCAAAGGGGGUGAUGAGAAAGGGCCCUCUCAUGGCGGCGGAGAAAUCACCGCCGCUCAAAACCGCCGGUGCGGCCAGUCUGCGGAGGUCAGCGUCGGAUGUUGGGAUAGUUAAACAUGUGGUGGUUAGAAACAAGGUAAGGAGAAGGUAUAAGCUCUUGGAAGAGGUAGCCAGUCGCUAGUCAAUAAUGUGACUAUAAUAUACUAUCGUAGUUAAUUAAUAUUUCGAGUUUUUUCUCCUUGUGAUUGUUUCAAAAGCUGAUCCUCUUUGAAAGUGAAAUUGAAAUUUUCCUGAUAAGAGAUAAAGUGUGUAUCUUCAGGCACGCAUUUUUCUAAAAUGGAUGAUGUAUAUAUUUAGUAAAAUAAAUAAAUAUCCCAAAAGAAAUAUCUUUUUAUAUGUUUAAUUUGUAAUAUUUCAAUAUUAUUCAAAUUGUUAAAAUAUUUGUCCCACCCGAGUUUACCAGCAGUCAUUGACAAUGAAAUGAAUGAAUAGUUAUGGAGUUGGCCUUUAGUCUAAAAUUUGAUAUUCCUUAUACAUUUAUAUUUUACGGAGUACAUGACAACGAAAAUAUGACUUUUUAUUUGAGACAAUGUUGGGAGUCGAUUUCUUUCCGGCUCAGGUCUCCAACCCUUUUGCUAUACUCUCACACACCACCCUAGGCUAGACCACAACACAACUCCAAGCUUCUUCUCUACCACUAAGGUAUUCUCUCUCACACUCUCACACAAAGGAAAUGGAGAAGAAGAAGAAGGGCACUGCUCUCUCUAUAAUUCACGCAGGCUUCUUCAACAAGGGAGAAGCAAAGCUACUAAAUAAUAGGCUGGUAGACACAAGGACACUCACAUGUGAUGCAAAGACAAGGAGGGCAGCAUAGGACAGCUCAAAGGGGUCACUCCACAUAAGUCAAAAUGGCCAUAUUAUUGGUUAGGAGAGAUUCAAAACAAGAGGUGCCAAAGUGGGAGUAAACAUGGGGUGCAAGUCAAUAAUAAAGUGGAAGGGAGGCCUUGGCAGGACCAAUACCUCCAACAUUCUCCACCUUAUUGGUCCUAUGUGGUGUAGAGUAGCAAUACAAAGUUGUGAGGAGACUCAUCAUCGCCGGAUUAUUACAAGUACAUCAUUGCGAUCAUACAAGUAAUAGAUGAGAACCAAAGUUCCCUUUCGGACCAAGCUUACCA